AUGUCCUCCGAGGUGGCCGCGCGCCGCGACGCCAAGAAGCUGGUGCGCUCCCCCAGCGGCCUGCGUAUGGUGCCAGAGCACCGCGCCUUCGGCAGCCCGUUCGGCCUAGAGGAGCCGCAGUGGGUCCCGGACAAGGAGUGCCCGAGGUGCAUGCAGUGCGACACCAAGUUUGACUUCCUCACCAGGAAGCACCACUGUCGCCGGUGUGGGAAGUGCUUCUGCGACAAGUGCUGCAGCCAGAAGGUGGCGCUGCGGCGCAUGUGCUUCGUGGACCCCGUGCGGCAGUGCGCCGAGUGCGCCCUGGUGUCCCACCGGGAGGCCGAGUUCUACGACAAGCAGCUCAAGCUGCUCCUGAGUGGAGCCACCUUCCUGGUAACUUUUGGAAACUCGGAGAAGCCAGACACGAUGGUCUGUCGUCUUUCCAGCAACCAGAGGUACCUGCUUCUGGACGGGGACAAUCGCCACGAGGUCGAGGUCACGCGCAUUGCCGCCGUGCAGAUGCUCACGGAAGGCUUCCCUCCUGGAGAAAAAGACAUGCACACUUAUACCAGCCUCCCGGGGAGCCAGCCCGUCUCUGAAGGAGGCAACGUGCGGGCCACAGGCAUGACCCUGCAGUACACGGCGCCAGGGGCGGAGGGCAUGACGCAGCUGAAGCUGACGGCCGGGGAGGAUGCAAAUGGCAGCAGAAGGCAGGCGACAGCAUGGCUGGUGGCCAUGCACAAGGCUGCCAAGCUUCUCUACGAAUCUCGGGACCAGUAA